AUGACAACAUUUUCAAUGAACAACUAUUACCGGCCCUCAGCACUUUCUCUAGACACAAACACACACAAUUACUUCGAAGAGGACGAAGGCAGUGUUUUAGACGAUAAUAUUCUCGAGCACAGUGCGUUGGAUUCGGCAUUAGACAUGUCCCCACCCAUGAACGGCAGCCGGCGGGACUCGUUUGCAGUCUCAGCACUCUUCUCGCCCAAGGCGGAGGACUGGCAGCAGGUUGAUAUGCAACAGCAACAACCUAUCUCCUCAAAUAAUCCAUUCGCUGAACAGAGCACCAACCCGUUCAUGCGCAUGGACUCACAAUCAACUUACGGCCACCAAAGUCACGGGUGGGCCAUGAGCAACAACUCCGGAAUGAGCACCCCAAUGCAAGGACAUGAUGGACUCCCUUCAGAGUUCGACGUCAACGCUCCCAUGUUUCAAAGACCAAUGCAGACACCAUUCACCAACCCGGGCAACCAACAAUUACCACUCUUCUCCUCAGCAAACACCAACAACGGCUCCAUCCCCACCUCGCCUCAGAAAGAAUGGUCCGUAGCUGAUGCUAUGGACCACCGCGCUAUGCCCAAGCGGAUGAGGCCUCAUAGCCCAGCAUUACGGUCUCAUCCAGAAAUGACCAGAAGAGGGGAUGGAAUCCGAAAAAAGAAUGCUCGCUUCGAUAUUCCGGCUGAGCGGAACCUCACCAACAUCGACCAACUCAUUUCCCGAUCCACCGAUGAGCAAGAGAUUAAGGAGCUGAAGCAACAGAAGCGACUGUUAAGAAACAGGCAAGCAGCUCUUGACUCUCGCCAGCGCAAGAAGCAGCAUACGGAACGACUUGAGGACGAGAAAAAGCAUUACACUGCUUUGAUCAAUGAUCUCGAGGAGGACCUAGCUGAAUCCAAGAUAGCUUUGGACGAAUGGGCCCGAAAGGAGCAACAGUAUCAGCAGUACAUCGAGACCAUGUUGCUCGAGAAGGAAGAGAUGGUCCGAAAUCACACCAUCGAGACCGGUGAACUCCGCAAGAAAGUCAGUGUACUCACUGAUCACGUUCAACGUAUGGAGAGUACCGCCAUGUCUGCUGUGCCUAGCUCGACUGGGUUCUCAACCGACUAUGCCGAUAUCGACAGUCUUACUAUGCCUAGUGCAUGGGACAACAUCUCCUUCCUCAAUGACUUCGAGAAUGAAGUCAAGGUCGAGAACGCCAUCGUUCCCGCGAAGAAGGCCGAGAACUCGCUGCUCAGCGAGCCCGAGAAGCCUGCUGCUCAGGGCUUGCUCUUGAUGUUGCUACUUGUUGGCGCAUUUGUUGCUUCGAAGGGGUCCGCACCCAGCAUCCCCCAAGUAUCGGACGAUGUCCGAGCUGCAUCUGCCACUCUUCUUGACGACAUCUUCAAGGAUGCUGGUGUCUCGCACGUUCCAUCUGGUGUCUCUGCCGCGGCUCCUGCUGCUUCUGUCUCUGCCAAUAGUUGGUCUUCGGCUCCCAUGCCAUCCAUGGGCGGUAACGAAAUGAUCGGUGUCACAACAUCGGCCCUCGGAGACCUCGCUGAUUCCCUAGCCCAACCGACCGAAGAGCAGAACAAUGAGCAGAUCUUUUCGUUAUCGGCAGCACAGUACAACGGCCUCACUUCUCAGGAAUUCCUCCAGAACACCCCUCAGCCGUCAACCUCGCAAGGGCGCCGGAAUCUCGGGGAGACUCUGGCUGCGAUGCGGAGCAAUAGCAAGAAGUCAGCCGCUGAGGUUUACACCCGGUCGCUACUCUGGGAUCAAGUCCCGAGCGAAGUUGUCCGCAAUUUCGCGAAAAUGGUCGCGGAUUGCAAUCCUCAAAAUGGUCAAGUGGACUGUAGCACUCCUGCAGGUUGA